UUGACAACUUGACAGAAAGAGAAGAUAAGACAACGCAGACAAACUAAAUUUGCUUCGCUGCUAGUCGUAAAUAUAUUUUGUAAUUUUCAUUGUUUUUUCAAAUAUCAAGUUGCAAAUGGCUUGAAAAAGAGUGAUACAAUUACCGUGCUAUUAACGUUCAUGUCCCGAAGUACUCAAAUAUUAGUGGAGUUUCGUCAACAUGGCUCGCACCGUCCUGUUGUUUUGUUUAGUUAUCUUCGUUAACACGGUGACGCCGUGCAAGGUGUCGUUAUCGAAUAAUGGGCCGGCGGUACGUGGUUCUAACAUCACGUUCACGGCCAGCUUGUCGCAGGGUUGUAUAGGGGAAAACCUGAAGUAUGUGUUUAUGGACAGCAGCGGUUACACUAACGAUGCUGAGUUCAUGUCCACAACUGGUGUUGUAAACUGGACCGUUGAGUACAAACGGAAUCUGUAUGUUGCUCGCCAGUACACAGCAGAAGUCCACGUAAAGAGGCUCUACAAUAUCAUCAACAUGUACAUUGAGAUUGCUAGAGCGAGCAAUGACUUCACUCUUACAGACACCCUACACGGCGGACUUGUUCUAAAGCAGAAUAACGUCAUCCGCCCAAACACCUUCGUAGCCGUCAACCAAACUGUCCAUCACUCCAUAGAACUGCCCCAAGCAGAGAUGGACUUCCUCAAGGCCAACGCAUCCCAAGUCAUCACCUACUGGUUCAUCGACUGCAAAUAUAUCGAUCAGACAACCACCAUGUCUUUAGACAACACAUAUCAUGACACUAUGAGCGAACACAACAUUGACGUGCUAGUUGUCGCUAACAACGAUCCUUUACCGCCAAUAACUACAACAACAACAACUACAACAACAACGACAACAACAACUACAACAACUACAACAACAACAACAACAACAACAACGACGACGACAGAAAAACCGGGUGAAGUGAUACCAGCUCAUAAUAUAACCAAGCGGGCGGCGAAAAGGAAGAGUCCAGUGAAAGAUUUUAUUUGUCGCGAUACGGUGGUGCCUAUUGGAGAUCAUUAUACUUAUGGACAUUAUCAAGCCACUUUGAAAGUUAGAGAACCAAUCUCCAAAAUAAACAUCACCGGCCGCAACUGGCUCCAGCAUGGCGACCUCCUAAACCUCGAGGUCAAAUACACCGGCUCACCCCCCUUCGACUUCUGCGCCCAAUACAAAAAGGGGGAAUAUAAUAUAACUGGGAACGAAACUUGUUCUGUCACGACCAGGACCGUUGUUAAUACGUUCCCGUUGGUCCGGUAUUUUCUGGAUAGCGACCAGCAUACCGUGGUCGUUAUAAUUGAAAAUGAGAUGGGAAGGAACGUUUCUAGGGCUACAAUUAAUAUUUAUAAAGCGUUGGUACACGCGCAGCUGUCUGUGAUCGUGGUGCCCGUCGUGUUCUGUCUGCUCGCCGUCAUUUUGGUGGUGUUCGGCGUUGCUUACUACCAGCAUCGCUCUAAAUACACAAUAGAAGUAGCCGACUUCGAUUUCGGCCAGCAAGCCAACUUAGACUACAAGACGUUCACCGAGCGCCUCCGGGACAGCUUCCGGAGCGCCCUCAACCUACGACACGACUCCGAGACGGACCCGCUCACUCCCAACUCGCGGUACGAGUCAUAAACGUACACCACUAAGAUUCAUGCAAUUUUCUACCUUAUCCGACUUAAUAUACGGUUGAAUUUUGAAUGAAGUUCAGUGAGCGAUUCUAGAUAGCUUCCGAAGCGCCCUCAACCUACGACACGACUCCGAGACGGACCAGCUCACUCCCAACUCGCGGUACGACUUAUAGACAUAUCUAACUACACGUUCCGUGGAAUUUUCUACCUUAUCCUACUUAAUAUACGGUUGAAUUUUGAAAGACGUACAGUGAGCGAUUCUAGGCAGCUUCCGCGGCGCCCUCAACCUAUCAGCGAGCGCCUUCAUAACACCACAGUUCAAUUUUCAAUCGUAUCCCCGUCUAUUUGGUUGCGUCUGUAAGUUGUUUUUUUUUUGUAAAAACAUUGUACAAUUUAUCCCUGGUAUAGCUCUGCAGUAAAAGACAUAUCAAAAUUAUUUAAAAACUUUCCCUUUGCAAGUGUUUUAGGUACUGUGUUUAUUGCAAAUUUCUGCUGUAAUUCUUGUUACAAAUUACCAGAAAGGCGUGUUUGAAAAUGUGAAGUAUAUAUAUCCGUUUGUUUUACUCGUCUAUUGUAACUUUUGAUUGUUAGAUUUGUUAGCCGAUCCUCUUUUUAUUAAUUU